GCUCUCAAAGAUUCCACUACAUCCCAUUGAAUUUAAUAUCAACCAUGGGUGUUCUCAAUAUCGUACCUACCGGUGUAUUAACUGGUGACAACGUCCGAAAGCUAUUUGAUUAUGCAAAAGACAAUAAGUUUGCUAUUCCGGCCAUCAAUGUAACGUCGUCGUCAACAGCAAAUGCUGUCUUAGAGGCCGCUAGGGACAUUAAGUCACCCAUCAUCAUUCAAGUAUCUCAAGGAGGAAGUGCAUACUUCGCGGGGAAGGGUCUUGCAAAUGACAAGCAACAGGCCUCUGUCACUGGCGCAGUUGCCGCCGCACUGCAUAUACGAACUGUCUCGAAAUCAUAUGGCGUUCCUGUUGUCCUGCAUAGCGAUCACUGUGCUCACAAACUUUUACCUUGGUUCGAUGGUAUGCUUGAAGCUGAUGAGAAAUACUACAAAGAACAUCGCGAACCCCUAUUUUCCUCCCACAUGCUUGAUCUCUCCGAGGAGCCCAAGGACCAGAAUAUCGCAACCUGUGUAAAAUACUACAAGCGCAUGGCUGCAAUCGGCUUGUGGCUUGAAAUGGAGAUUGGAAUUACUGGAGGAGAGGAGGAUGGUGUUGAUAACACUGGCGUUGACAACGCCAAUCUUUACACUCAACCAGAGGAUGUCUUCGACAUAUACAAUGCCCUUAGCAAAAUCGGACCGAACUUCAGUAUUGCAGCAGGGUUUGGAAAUGUCCAUGGGGUGUAUAAACCCGGAAACGUGAGACUACGCCCAGACUUGUUGGGAAAGCAUCAAAUGUAUGCACGUGAACAGCUAGGUGGAAAGCCGGAGAAACCAUUGUACCUUGUUUUCCAUGGCGGGUCUGGAUCAACGAAGGAGGAGAUCAAAACCGCAGUCGUCAACGGCGUGGUGAAAAUGAACGUUGAUACUGACACGCAAUACGCAUAUCUUACUGGUAUAAGAGAUUUCGUAGAGAAAAAGAAGGACUAUAUCCAGGCCCAAGUUGGUAAUCCGGAAGGCCCUGAUAAGCCCAAUAAAAAGUAUUACGAUCCUCGUGUCUGGGUACGAGAGGGAGAGAAGACCCUUGUAGAGCGUGUCAAGGAGGCUUGCACAGAUCUUGGGAACGUCAACCGUCUCUGAGCGAGCUAGGUCCGCGAGUCUAGACUGAAAGUAAAAAAGAAAAAGAGGUUUCGAUUGAUUGUACAUUACACAGACAAAUUGUCGACAUAUUGCGCUGAAUCUGACUAAAUGCCAAGCAACGCCAACUGCACGUCGUGCUAGUAACAAAGGGUAGGCGGAAGGGCUGUCUAUUGGGGUAGAUAUGAUAAUCUAUAGUC